GUGCAAGCGAUUAAUUUUUCCACAGAUCAAGGUGAAUAGACAGGCGGAUAUUUGAAACGUUUGCGUUACGAUGGGGAGUGAUUUAGAUUCUGAAGUAUCUGAAGAGUCUGGUGCCGAAGAUCAACCGGAUGAAAGGGAUGAGUCAUCUGAUCUCAACUCGUCAAGCGACGAGGAAGAAACAAAGAGAAUAACCGAAAGGAAUGUUUUCGGCAGUGACACUGAUAGCGAAAAUGAAAUACAGGCGAAGAAAAAAAUUUCCAGGCAAUUGCAGGAUAGUUCUGAGGAAUCAGAUCAUGGCGAUGCUGGUGUCGAGAAUAAUUCAGAACAGCCUGAAACAGAUAACAGUUCAGACGUCUCACCUGACCAAAAUUUUCGACAGCGGAAGAAGCUCCAGAACAUUCGAUCCGUUUCCAACAGCCCUGAAACAGAUGGUUCUCAGCAAGGUGGUAGAAGUCCGUCAGGUGAUGAUGGGUCACAAAUAGAUGAAGUUGUUGAUGACAACUAUGAUAAUGAAGGUAAUAGAAAUGAUGAAGAUGUGGAGGAUGAGGAACCGGACGAGACGAGAAUCGCUGUCGACUUCCCACUGAUUCGCGCUGACUUAGGCAGAGAGGUACACUUGGUAAAAAUGCCCAAUUUUUUAUCUGUGGAAACUCGACCAUUUGACCCUAACUAUUAUGAAGAUGAAUUGGAUGAAGACGAAAUUCUGGAUGAAGAAGGAAGAACACGCUUGAAACUGAAGGUAGAAAAUACCAUACGUUGGAGAAUCGGUAAAACACCUGACGGUGAAAUGGUACAUGAAUCGAAUGCUCGUAUUGUUCGUUGGUCUGAUGGUUCCCUGUCAUUGCAUUUGGGCGAUGAAAUUUUCGAUAUACACAAAGUAGAUAUUCAAUCAGACUAUAAUUACUUAUUCAUACGAGAGGGUAGUGGUCUACAAGGUCAAACAAGUUUGAAAACUAAGCUGACCUUCAGGCCACAUUCAACGGACUCAUUCACUCAUCGUAAAAUCACACUGUCAUUGGCAGACAAGACAAAUAAAUCACAAAAAGUUAAAAUUCUACCGAUUACCGGUGCAGAUCCAGAGUCAAAUCGUCAUGCACUUGUGAAAAAAGAAGAGGAGAAAUUACGUGCUACGCUAAGACGUGAAAGUCAAUUACGGCGUAUGCGUGAAAAACAAGCCAUGUCAAGGGGUAGUUUUGGAAGUGAUCGUAGACGCAGUUACGGCGAAGAUGAUGAUGAUGACGAUGGCAAUACAACAUCCCUGAAUGCAUUGAAACGUAAUGCAAAGAGUAACUUAUUAUCUGGUCGUAAAGGUGACGUUUCUGCAAUGUAUUCAACUGAUUCGGAAUCUCUAAGUGAUAUAUCAGAACCUCGUCAGCGUAAAAAGGUUCGAGCUAGAAUCAGUGAUGAGGAGGAAAGUGACUGAACUGCUUGCCGCAUAUAACUAACUUCAAGUUACCAUAUUUGUACAGUUAUUCACCUAUAUAUGUAUAAAGUGUCAUUUUGUUUUGUAUUUUAUAUUUGCAACUAAUAAAUAAAUAAUAAAAUAGGGA